GGCCGAAGCUAACCUCGGGCCGCUUCAAUCCGCACUCGAAUUGAAGUCCGUCAGAUCUGGGGGUCUGGGAAAGCGCGGAUUAAACCGUUCACUCGGUCCCGUUCCUGUUGUGUCUCUUUUCCCUGCAGUGAUCUCUGACGAUCACACACACGCACGAUCAGCCUGCCGGCCAGCUACUUCCAUCCAAUCCCUAAAAUAGUUAAUCAACCACCACUAACCUUACCUUACACCGGGAACCAUGAUUUCGGCCGGCCGCCGGGUGUUCUCGGCCCUCGCCCGCCCGACACUCCGGAAUGCGACGACGACUCCCGCCUUCGCCGCCGGGUCCCCCGCCGCCCUGCGCCGCCUACUCUCGGCUCUCGCCAUUCUCGAGCAGCGUGACGGCAAGCUCAACACGGGCUCGCUGAGCGCCAUCAGCGCGGCGCAGAAGCUGGGCGGGUCGGUCCACGGCUUCGUCGCGGGCAGCAACAUCAAGCCGGUGGCGGAGGAGGCGGCCAAGGUGGAGGGCGUCGAGAAGAUCAUCGCGGUGGACAACGGGGCGUACGACAAGGGCCUGCCGGAGAACUACGCGCCGCUGCUGGUCGAGAACAUCAAGAAGGGCGGCUACACGCACGUGGUCGCGGGCAACACGGCCUUUGGCAAGAAUGUCAUGCCCCGCUUGGCGGCGCUGCUCGACUCGCAGCAGAUCUCGGACAUCACGGCGAUCGAGAACGACAAGACGUUUGUGCGCCCCAUCUAUGCCGGCAACGCGAUCGCCACGGUCGAGUCGUCGGACGCGGUCAAGGUGAUCACGGUCCGCGGCACCGCAUUCCCCGCCGCCAAGGUCGGGAGCGGGUCGGCCGCGGUCGAGGAGGGCGUGGAUCCCAAGGCGGAGAGCGCGACCGAGUGGGUGUCGGAGGAUCUGGCCAAGUCGGACCGGCCGGACCUGGCGACGGCGAGCAAGGUGGUGUCGGGCGGGCGCGGGCUCAAGUCCAAGGAGGACUUUGACAGGAUCAUGAUGCCGCUGGCCGACUCGCUGGGGGCUGCGGUCGGCGCCUCCCGCGCCGCGGUGGACAGCGGGUAUGCGGACAACAGCCUGCAGGUCGGGCAGACGGGCAAGGUGGUGGCGCCGGAGCUGUACAUGGCCGUGGGCAUCUCGGGGGCGAUCCAGCAUCUGGCGGGCAUGAAGGACAGCAAGGUGAUUGCGGCGAUCAACAAGGACCCGGAUGCGCCGAUUUUCCAGGUGGCGGAUGUCGGGUUGGUGGGGGAUCUGUUCGAGAAGGUGCCCGAGCUGACGGAGAAGCUGAAGAAGGCAUAGAGUUGAAGAUUUGGUUCCCGGUUCCCGUUUGUUGUUAUUUUCUUUUUUUACAGUACAAUGUACAAAUUUUUCAACCAAUGCUGGUGAGACGCCCACUCACACUGGUACAUGCAUAUCCAAGCGCACAGCUGUACAAUUGCGC